AGCGUGUGCGCCGCGGCGGCGGCCGCAGCGGCAGCGGCGGCGGCGUGGGCGAACGGCCACGGGCAAGGCGACGCUAGCAAACCACCAACACCGGUGCUUAUCCCCAAUGGCACCGUCGUCAAUGGCGGGCCACCCAUAUACAGCACAGCAAAGAUUUGUGCAGGGGGCGCGAGCGGCGCGGCCGGCGUGAUAGGGGUGACCCGGCGCGGCCGCUGCAAGUGGUUCAACGUGGCCAAGGGCUGGGGGUUCAUCACCCCUGACGAUGGCGGCCAAGACGUCUUCGUUCAUCAGAGCGUCAUCCAAAUGCACGGCUUCCGAUCGCUGGGCGACGAAGAGGAGGUGGAGUUCGAGUGCAAGGAGUCCGACAAGGGGCUGGAGGCGACGCGCGUGUCCGGGCCCUCCGCCGUCGACUGCCAGGGCUCGCAUCGUCGCCCGUUCUCCAAGAAGCGCUUCAGGAAGAUCCGCUGCUACAAUUGUGGUGAGUUCGCCAACCACAUAGCCGCCAAGUGCAGCAUCGGACCGCAACCAAAGAGAUGUCACAACUGCAAGAGCGAAGAUCACCUCAUUGCCGACUGCCCAGUGAAGGUUGAGAAAAAGGAUGAUCCGCAAUCGAAGAGUUCAGGCAGCUCCCAGGGGAGUCAGCAGGGGAGCCCGCAGCAGUCAUAACUCCUUCAUUUGAAUACAUCCACCUUAUUCACGGCUGGCAACAUUUUAUCAUUUACUUGUUAAGCGCAUUUACCUACUUUUACGCCGAAAGUACAAAAUGUAACGAUAAGAGUUCCCGAUAACGUAAACUAAUGCAUUUACCAGUUCUUUAAUGUAAACACAACUACCUCAUUUACUUAAUAUGCCUCUAGAUACAGUAUCAACUAGAAUUACAACAAGACUGAUCAGUACAAAUCCAUAAUGUAGUACAAAAAUUAUACAUAUUUUUAUUGAUAGAAUCUUUAUUACCUAAGUUUGCAAAUGUAACGUAAGUACAAAUUUUAUGUGUUCGAGUGUCAAUAUCUUAAUUGAUUUACUUUAUAUUGUAUUUACCCAAAGUUAAGUGUGUGUUUAUAUCACUAUUAUUAAUUUGUUGCUAUAUUAUAAUAUUAUGACAAACUUUAUGUUAGAAUUUUAGAUCGUAGCCGUAAAAUAGAUUUAGAAGUAUUAGAAUGGCUAUGAAAAUAUUUUAUGAACUUCGAAUAAUUUAUACAUACGUAAAAAUAACUUGAUUUUACAGUUUACUACAUUUUCUACCAUACUAUUUCAGAACCAGAAUAUUGGAGAAACUUAUAACUAUUAUUAUCAUAAUAACUACAAAUAAGAAAAUAAUGAAGUACUUUUUACAACCUGAUAUCAAUUUACCUGUCUAACAAUAAGCCAAUGUUAUUAAUAACAGAAAUGUUUUGAUAGAUAUAGUUUUAAAUGUCAUAGUUUUAUUGUAAUCUUUCACACUGUUAAAUUAUGAAAACGUGCCAAAGCAAACAUUAUUGCAAUAAUAAUUACUAAGUAUAAAAUACAAAGAGCUAAACUCAUAGUGUCCUGAAGUAUAGCAGAUAAAGUUGUAAGAAUGCCGCCUUUAAUCAGAGCCUAGCAAUCAGAAAUAUUUUUAAGUUGCUGAUUUUAAAGUACAAAACUACUAUUGUUAUACUAAUACUGUACAAUGACUGCAUUAUUGAGACUUUUGUUUGCUCAAAGUACUAAUCAUAGGUUUGUGAAGUUCGUUAAUAUUGCGUAAGUAGACAUUGGCACUGCAGUCGUGAACAAUUUUUUUUAAGUUUAAGAUGUGGUAUAACUU